AUGUCUUGGCAAGAUUACAUCACCAAUUUGGUCGACGGAAAGACCUGCGAGGAUGCAGCAAUUGUUGGUUUCAUUGGUACGCCGUGUGGCCACAUCACCCCACCACAAGUGCAGACUAUUCUUUCAGAUGAUCGGACUGUGGUCCUUAUUAAUGGAGUACACAUCGGUUUACUGAAAUGUUCUGUGAUCAGAGACCAGCUUAAUGUGCAAGAUGUCUAUGUUAUGGAUGUAAAGACGAAGAAUCCUGAUGGGCCAACUUACAACGUAGCUGUUGGGAAAACAAACGGCUCUUGUCAUCGCUAA